ACGGAGGGCUCGCCCACGGAGGAGCCGCCUGCGCAUGCUCCAUCGCUAGGAAAAUUUGGUGAGCGACCUCCACCAAAACGACUCACUAGGGAAGCUAUGAGAAAUUAUUUAAAAGAGCGAGGGGAUCAAACAGUACUUAUCCUGCAUGCAAAAGUUGCACAGAAAUCAUAUGGAAAUGAAAAAAGGUUUUUUUGCCCUCCUCCUUGUGUGUAUCUUAUGGGCAGUGGAUGGAAGAAAAAAAAAGAACAAAUGGAACGAGAUGGUUGUUCUGAACAAGAGUCUCAACCAUGUGCAUUUAUUGGAAUAGGAAAUAGUGACCAAGAAAUGCAGCAGCUGAACUUGGAAGGAAAGAACUAUUGUACCGCCAAAACGUUGUACAUAUCUGAUUCAGACAAGAGAAAGCACUUCAUGUUGUCUGUAAAGAUGUUCUAUGGCAACAGUGAUGACAUUGGUGUGUUUCUCAGCAAGCGGAUAAAAGUCAUCUCCAAACCUUCCAAAAAGAAGCAGUCAUUGAAAAAUGCUGACUUAUGCAUUGCCUCAGGAACAAAGGUGGCUCUGUUUAAUCGACUUCGAUCGCAGACAGUUAGCACCAGAUACUUGCAUGUAGAAGGAGGAAAUUUCCAUGCCAGUUCUCAGCAGUGGGGAGCUUUUUACAUUCAUCUCUUGGAUGAUGAUGAAUCAGAAGGAGAAGAAUUCACCGUCCGCGAUGGCUACAUCCAUUAUGGACAAACAGUCAAACUUGUGUGUUCAGUUACUGGCAUGGCACUCCCAAGACUGAUAAUUAGGAAAGUUGACAAGCAGACUGCAUUACUGGAUGCAGAUGAUCCCGUGUCACAACUUCAUAAAUGUGCAUUUUACCUUAAGGAUACAGAAAGAAUGUACUUGUGCCUUUCUCAAGAAAGAAUAAUCCAGUUUCAGGCCACUCCAUGCCCAAAAGAACCAAAUAAAGAGAUGAUAAAUGAUGGAGCUUCCUGGACAAUCAUUAGUACGGAUAAGGCAGAGUAUACAUUUUACGAGGGGAUGGGCCCUGUCCUUGCCCCAGUCACACCUGUGCCUGUUGUAGAAAGUCUCCAGUUGAAUGGCGGUGGGGACGUAGCAAUGCUUGAACUUACAGGACAGAAUUUCACUCCAAAUUUACGAGUGUGGUUUGGGGAUGUAGAAGCUGAAACUAUGUACAGAUGUGGAGAGAGUAUGCUCUGUGUUGUCCCAGACAUUUCUGCAUUCCGAGAAGGUUGGAGAUGGGUCCGGCAACCAGUCCAGGUUCCAGUAACUUUGGUCCGUAACGAUGGAAUCAUUUAUUCCACCAGCCUUACCUUUACCUACACACCAGAACCAGGGCCGCGGCCACAUUGCAGCGCGGCGGGAGCAAUCCUUCGAGCCAAUUCAAGCCAAGUGCCCCCCAGUGAAUCAAACACAAACAGCGAGGGAAGUUACACAAAUGUCAGCACAAAUUCAACCAGUGUCACAUCAUCCACAGCAACAGUGGUGUCCUAACUACUGUCUUUUUGCUAGGACUUAAGCUGACUUGAAUGCGGCAAAAUGUUGACAAAAAAAAGAAAGAAAAAAGUGAACAAUCUUUUGUGGUUUCUUGGGAAAACUUUUCAUACCAGGUGAUACUAUUCAGAAACCCCAUUACCUGCAAGUGCUGAUUUUGAAGUGCAGAAGCCACCGUAAAACAAAAAACAUCAAAAUGUACAAACUAUCGGAAAUUAAUUUUUUUUCAGCUGUUAUUUUUGGUUGGUUUUUGUUCGGUUUCAUUUAAAUGAGCAAGAAAUAGAGAUGUGGCUGGAAUAAAAGUGAAUCAAGCUAGAAGACACAAAUCUAACAUAGUUUUUAUGGACCAAGGAACUUGUAUAAGCUUUAGCAAAAGGUACAUUUUCACCAUACCUUUUUUAAUACCACAAUAUAUAGUACACCUUUUGUUACCAAAUAGGUUGUUCUCCCUGCACCCCUUUGAGCUUUUGCUCUUAAGUACAUUCAGGUUCCAAGCUUGACCAUACUUGUUUAAUUGAAUUACCAUACUCUUCCAGGUUAUUUUGGUCAAAAGCUGGAACUGUUCUUUUUAUUUUUAUUUUUUAAAGCUAAUGUCUUAUGACUUUUCAUGAGUCGAAAUUGUUUUGAUUUCAGCAAGUUAAAUCUUGUAAAGGCCUGUGUAUUUUUUUUAAGAUUAUAUGAAGUCUGUGCAAAAGCUUUAAAAAAAUGCCUCUGCCUUGCCUGCAAUACAUGCAAUGUACGUUAACUUAGUCUCAAUUCUCAGACAUUGUUGGUAGUUAUUUCUGUUUUCCUUUUUUAAAAAAAUGUAUUUAUAGUGGUAAUCCAAGAGGUUCUAACAUUUACAUGUAAUUAAAUGUGGCCAUUUAGUCAUUAAUAAGUUAAUGGCACAGAACAUGUUGGUGUUUGAAGUGUUCUCUCCCCUUUUCCCCUGUAAGUGUAUCUACAUGUCCCAGGAUUUGUUCAGGUUUUUCUCUCUCCUAAUCUUGUACAUAACUUGUAUUAUGUGUAAGUUAAACAUUUUAUUUUGAACUUGGAAUAUUCCCAGUGAUUUCAUUCAGCGGGGUGUUUUCUGUGUUGUUGGCAAACAACAGAAAAAUCUCAUGAGAAGUAUUUGCUACCAGUUGGUAGAUGGUGCCCUUAUUAUAUAAUGAGGAAAAUCUCAUCAAAAGCAUAUUUUUAUUUACUUUUUUUUUGGUAGCCUAGGCCAAACCAUCAUUGUAACCUUAAAACAAGAUGCCUCUAUUAGAUGACCAACUUAAAUAUCUUGGAAGACAGUACUUUAGAAACAGAUAGUUGUGAGAUUGUAAAAAUGCAAAUGUAACUUACCUUUCCAUUUUUCUCCCUGCCUCCUUUUUGUUUUCUCUUCCCUAGUACUGAGUGUCUGCACAAAUGUCUCCUACUUGGAAAACAUUUCUUUACCAUUCAGUUAAGAUUUGGUUGCAUUCAGGAGUGUGUGUUGGCCUUGCAUGGUAGGCUCACCUGUUUAUGUUGCUUCCAUUCCUGCACUUUGGUUAUGCCUUUGUUCGGUUUCUUAGAAUUGCAGCAGACUCAUUGGGCUUAAUUCAGUACAGGAAUCAUAUGUGUAGUGUUAUAGGACACAGUCUAGUAAUACAGUCAUCACCCUUAGAGUUAAAAACUACCUCUAGAUUGUGGUAAGCUUUUACUGUCCCAUUAAACAGGAGCCACAAGUACCUUAUGAAUGCAGAACUGUAACUUCUGCAGUGUGUCCAUGCAGAACAUUGUCUUUCUUCUGGUGUCCUGGGCUCUUCUGACAAAGCUUCCAUCUGUAGACUUUUAAUUUUAAACGUCAUUGUUAGUAGCUUUUCCCCCUCAGCAUUGCUGUCUGUUUGACUCAUUCUUUUGUUCAGACUAUGUCACUGUAAGUACAAUUCCUAAUAUCUUUAAAUCACUUUUUCCUCAGUUUUCAAUGGGGAAGUCAUUUGUAAAACACAUUAGUGGCUAAGUCAAAGUUAUUGUGGUUUUCUCUUACUGCAAGCCUUUUUAAUUACCUACAGGCUGCAUUACCCUCUGUAUAGCCUUCUUUCCUCAGCUCUGCUCCCAGUCACUAGCUUCUCUCUUGUAAGCUAAUACUGCCUCACACCUUAAAUCUGUUUCAGUGAUUAAGGGCAGAACUCAAGGUGGCCUUAUCUUUGUUUUAACCGUUGACUGGCUUUUUCUUGCAUUAGCUUAUUUCUGAGUAGUAUUUACUCUCUCCGUGGAGUUGUGGGAGUCCUCUUUAUGCAGUGUUUGUUUGAAGUGUGGGAAUUUUCUUAGUGCCGCCGUCCUUGUUAUGGGCCACAGAUUUCUCCCACUACCCAGGGUUCGUAUUACGAAAUUAUAUUAAAUUUACCGAUAGCAGAGGAGAUGCUUUUGAAAAAAAACUACUCCUUACCCAGCUUUGUUGCUCAAAAUAAUUUUUCAAGUUUAUGGUUUUAUUAAAAUGAACUUCUGCUUUUUUACUGUUUACAUCUUAUUUUGGCUCUUUGUUUCUUUAUUAAAAGGUAAUUUUGAAGUAUUAGACUCUAAAGCCUUUUCCUGUUAGUUUAUAUUGAACAGUCCAAGAAUGUACUUAUACUGGCAUUUCCCCUGCUAUUUUAUGCCAUUCUACAAACUCAAGACUGAAAUGAUUUGUCUGUUGUAGCUUUUGGUUGAUUAGUAGUUCUUUUGUCAGCUGCUUAAAAAAAAAAUCUCAUGGAUUUGUGAAUCAUUUUCCGUGUAUAACUUAUAGGAGCCUUGUCCUCUGGAUAAAGUAGAACACAGUCCCUCUCCACAUUGGUGAUAAUAUUAGAGCUGCUGGUCAUUUCUCCUCAUAUAAAGACUCUCUUAGAAUGGUGACCCCUCCAGUUAAAGUAUAGCAUAAAUUAGAGUUUGUGGUUUUUUAAAUUGUUUUAGAAGUGUGUCUUAUGCUGUUAUGCAAUUUCUAAAAAUAUGCAUUGAAUCUGAGUGGUGAUCUAAGAUGUUUUUAUUCCAUUGAAUUGAUCACACAGAUUGGGAAGGCAAGCUAAAGGCUUUAAAUGUAGAAUGCCCUUUUUAUUUUGAAAGAUUUUAAAACUGAACACUAGUAUAAUAUUUAACCUGCUGCUGACUUUUCCUAAACUGUGGUGACAAAAGGCAUCUUCAUAUGUGCAUUAAUUAGUGAAAUAUUUGUCACUCUUACAGCACAGACUUAUUUGCAAUCAUAACUGGUUAAUUUUUUGUUUUUUAAGUAAAACUGGUACCAUCUGUGCCCUCAUAGAACGUUUCCAAUGCAGUUUUUGAACUAAACUAACUAGUCAUGUUUAACCAGGUAAUCUACCUGGGGGUGGGGGUGGGGUUCCUUUUUUAAACAAAAUGCUAUUUAAUUAUUAACCAAGUUGCUUACUUUUGAUUUCAACAGCAGCUGUGUUUCUGAUGAGUACUGAACAAAUGUGUGUAAUUUUCUGUGCCAGACUUUUGACUUUGUUUUCAAGCACUGUAAUGUGGGAUGGAUGGUUAGAAACAAUAAUAUAUUAGGGUUUCUACUUAACCCUUUCAGGACUGAACUGUAUCUCCUUUUAUUAAUUUUUUCCUGUGUCGUGAUAAAUGUUUGCCAGCAUUCAGUACUGUGUUGGUUCAGAUGUAGGUUUAUAUGCUCAUUUUUAGCUUAUUUCUUGUACCUUGCAGCAUGUUCUACGCAUUCAGUCCUUAAGGGGUUUAUUUUACAAACUGUGCGCCCUGUAAGGUUUAUUAGCAAUAAGAUAGAAAAUCGAGCAAGUUUAUACCAUAAUUUUGUAGAAAAAAGAAUCUGCUCAGUUCCAUAUUUCACCCAUGGGAAACCUGCAAUAUGGGCAGUUUCAAAGAAUAAAUAAAAAGGAAAUGUAAACCAUUGUAAAAGUC